AUGACUGGAAGGAACCGGUUAUUAUCAGCUGGCAAAGUCCUCGAUGGAGGAAAUGCAAUUGACGUCAAUGUUGUAGAACAAGAAAGCUCUUCCACAGAAGUAUCUGCAAAUAGCUUUCCUAGUUCUAUAUCAUCAGAUUUUUCGAUUGAGACAGGAACGACAUUGAAUAUGUCGUCGAUUGCAAUCGCAGAGAAAGAUGAUCCAGGAAAAUUCCGAAUUUAUCGUCCUAUAAGUUGUGGACAGUCAGAAUCAUUGAUAUAUUACCGCUGUUCAAAGUGCGAGUCACUUGAAAAGAAAAAUUCUGGUGGUGUCAGAUCAAAGCGUUACAAGCCAUAUGUAAAAACACUGGAUGGAAAAUUGAUUGGAAAUGCUCAUCCAGAGCAUCAUCCCAACUGUCACGCAGUAACUAAAAAAAUCCAGGAAUUGCAAGAAAUGGAUCGUGCUUGCCGAGCGAAGAUUAGAGCCAGUCAUCUGUCAUCCAGACCUCCACAAAAACUCGAGGAACAUAUAGUUGAGCAAAGUUCAAACAUCUGUGUACAAUCCAACUACAAUUUGCGUAAGAGACCAAAACGAUCAAGUAUUAACUUCCAUGCUCUGAAUCGUAAUAUAAAUGGAAGUGAACGAUCAGAGGUUGAUCAAUUAUUAAGAUUUAUAAUCGAAACUUGUAUCGGUGAUAUUGCAGAAACAAAUUACACGAGUAUUUAUUCCAUCGAUACUUCACUAUCCAAUAGUAUUGGUUAUUCUUCGCUGAUUGUACCGGAACCUGAUGGAAUGUUAGUACGAAUUUAUGAUGGGGAUGGCAAAUUAGCUGAUGAGAAUGUAUCAUACUACUAUUGUUCCCGAUGUGAUGAUUUAUAUCAAAAAAGAGAUAACGACUCCGUGCGAACUGUAUUGAAAGCAGAAAAUGACUUAGUAGUUGAUUAUCCAGCGCAUCAUGCGGAAUGCCUGCCAACAUCAUUGGAAUCAUUGAGAGAGCUGGGCGACCAUUUAAAGGAUUUCUGUGUCGUAGCAAAUCAUAGGAUUAUUCCUCUAAAAGCAGUGCUUGAAUCUGAAUGCAAUAAGUUUCACGAGCCUGAUGAAAGCUUUCAUACUCGUGCAUCGGAUCAACAGAACUGGGAUACAACAGAUAUGGAUGAGGGGAUCCUCAUCAAUUCUACAUCAGUUUCGAAACCUCAGGAACAACGAUGCUUUUGCAGACGUCUUUAUGAAGGAAAUGUAGAAUUAUAUCAGGAAAUGUUGAGAAGUGUGGAUGAAAUGAGAUCACUGGUCAGCGAAAUGAAGCGUAUUUCUGGUGUAGAUGUUCAAUAUUAUAUCGAGGAUGGUCAAGCUUUAGAAGAAAGUGAGAAUAGUACACUCUACGUCGUAGAUGAAUAG